AUGGGAUACACCGCUUCCGUCAUUGAAGUCCCCUUAGAGCGACGUCGCGGCCAUAAAGAAACCCGCAACUACUCGCCGGAUUCUCGUGCGCCAAGUGACCGUCGGAAUCGCAGUUCUCGUCGCAGCCCAGACUAUUCAAGGUACGAUGAUGAGUUCAAUCGUCCGGGUAACCGUCGUUCCCCCGAUUAUUCAAAAUCGAGGAAUCGUAAUCGCAGUGUUAGCCGUAGCCGGAGUCGCAGCCCGGACUAUAGCAGGUACGAUAAUCAAAAUAGUUAUCGCCGCAAUCAUCGUUCCCCUGAUUAUCCUAGAUCUAAAAGAAGCCCUAGCCCUAGAAUCAAAACCAUGAAUACGAACAGGAAACCUUAUUACGGUGACCAAAAGAAACAGUAUCUUGAUCGUAAUAACCUGAACGGGAACGGGAACGGACCAGAGUCUGAAUCCGACGAAGAGUUAAAAGGAGCCAGUUAUGAAGAUUACCGGAGGCUAAAACGUCAAAAGUUAAGGAAAAUGUUGAGGAAUUGUAUAUGGAACAUCACACCUAGUCCUCCAAGGCGCGAUGAUGAUCCCGAUGAGCUUGAACCCGAGGAAAUUGCAGAGAAGGAUGCUGAAGAAGAUAAUGAAAAGUACAAGGAUACAAAGUCUGAGUUAGAUUCAAAGGAGAGGAGCCAUUCAUCCGAGUCUGAAUCAGAAUCAGAGGACUCGGAAUCUGAUUCAGAUGAUUCCAGAUCGAGGAGGAGGAAGAAGAGCAAGCGUUCAAGUUCUAGGCGUAAGCGGAGAAGCAGGAAAUCAGUAUCCGUGAGUGACAGCGAAUCAGAUGAAUCCACUGAUGAUUCUGAGGAGGAAGAUAGGAGGAGGAAGAAAAAGAAGCAGAAGAGGAAAUCCACCAAACGAAAGAGCAGCAGCAGGAGAGAUAGUAAGAGAAAGAGAAGAAGUACAUCAAGAAAAAGUAAAGAUAGUGAUUCUGAAGAAAGCAGCGAAAGUAAUGGAGAAGAGGGAUCAUCAAAGGCUAAAAGAAGCAAGAAAAGGAGCUUAAAGGGCAGUGACAAUUCAGCAUCUGAUAAGAAUUCAGACUCUGAAGAUGAUGAUAGAAGCAAACCACAGGUGGAUGAACCAGUGAAAACAGAAGAAGCUGAACGGGAGUUGAUAUUGCUGAAAGAGAUGAUUGAAUCAAGAAAGAAAGCUGGUUUAGAUGAUGAUGAUGAUGAAGAAGCAGAAGUAGGUCCAAUGCCAUUGCCAAGAGCAGAAGGGCAUAUCAGCUAUGGAGGUGCACUGAGGCCUGGUGAAGGUGAUGCAAUUGCACAGUAUGUUCAACAAGGGAAACGUAUCCCUCGAAGAGGAGAAGUUGGUCUUUCAGCUGAAGAGAUUAGUAAGUUUGAGGAUCUUGGUUAUGUGAUGAGUGGUAGUAGGCAUCAAAGGAUGAAUGCAAUUCGUAUUAGGAAAGAAAACCAAGUUUAUAGUGCUGAAGACAAAAGAGCUCUUGCCAUCGUUUGGUGCAACGUCAUAUUGGAGAAGAAACUGGUCCUUCUCAUGAUCCUUUUGGUGGAACUGGAAGAGUUGCAGAGGAUCCUGCUGAUGCUUGAGAUCACAGACUCAAGUUUUCAAAUCCAAAGGGAGAACUAAGGAGAGUCAUUACAGUCUCUUUGUAAAGUUGCCAUUUAUAACUCAAGAAAUUCACAUCUGGCAAUCGGAUGGAUUGCCCCACUAGAUGAAUGAUGAAUCUACUUUUUUGAUGAUUCAAGAUGGGUUAAAAGUCAUCUUCGAUGUAGUGUUAUAUUGCACUUUUAAGUAUCUAGUAAAAAGGUGAUUGUUAUUAUAUUUGAUUUUACUUAUCAAGUAAAAUUGUGAUUCGUGUUAUAUUUUAUGGAUAGUACUUGUGGCAUACAUUGUGUUGUAGAAAAAAAAAAGACAAUUUAGG